UAUUGUUGCAAACCUUUACAUAGUUUUGCUGCAUUAAUCUUCUGCAAUGAAUUGUGCGGAAUAUCUUAGUGCUAGAUUGGUUAUCAGCUUUUAGAUUUGGACCUUAUGAUCUAACAAUCGUUCUAUUUGACCAAUCUUGCUUUGGUCAAAAGUUCCAAUUUUGUUAUCUAUUAUAUUACCUACGUUUUCUAUCUUGCAAUUCUUUGUUACUUCACUUUGAUUAGUAAGGCAGAACUUGUUAUGGAUUACAAAUAUCCUAUAUAUGGAUUUUUUUAAUUCAUCUGAUUCGAAUUUUCUUCCACUGCUUUCUCUUUAUUGUGGAUAGUGGUCUCAUAAGAUCUAAGAAGCGACCUGGUUAUGUUUUUCCAAGUGUUCAUUGUAAAAGUUAUGUCAAUGAGGGUUGGCUCCAAUGCAUUCUUGUUUAACUAGCAGGGUUGGUGGUUACUGUUCUUGUCGAGAUCAAAUAUACCUGGAAAAAAAAAAAACUUAUUUGACUUGUUUGAAUACACAAACUUAAUAGUAUAGCUAUGUGGCUAUCAUUUAAGGGUUCAUUGGUUAUAUGGUGAAUUCGAGUUGCUCAAGUAAUGCAAUUCCAGAUGAGAUGUUAGGUUGGAAAUUGUUGGGUAGAUUUUUUUUUAAGGAUCUCUACAGUAAAAACAGAUGGUUGUAUAACUUUAUUCAGUUGGUCUACUGACUUAAGUUGCGAUGACUAGUAUAUUUUUUAAACUGAAGAAAGUGUAUGACCUUUGCACAGCACAAGAACAUUUGAAGCAGAUUAUAUAUGUUUUUCUGACAUCCUGUUUCUGCCCUCAAAUAAUCUGACAAGAUACUAGUCAAAUGCAACUUUCUUUCAUGUUCAUUGCAAUAUUGCAGCUUAUAGCUUCACUAGGCAGUGACAGCAAAAAUAUUUGAGUGUGGGAUUAGUCUUAAUGCAUGGAAAUAUUUAUUCCUUGCCCUUGUUUUGCACCUGCAAGAACACACUGAUCUCAAAGACCGGUUCCUGGUCUUGAUGCAUGAUGCUUGGCAUGGUUGGUUGCUUGAAGUGCCUAAUUCACUUGAAGAUAUACCUCUUUUCAAUGGUCAUUCCAGAUUUCAUAUUUUGAUUAAUGCAGAGGAAAUGAUCAAAUGUGUAGCCUGCCUGUUUUGGAGGAAAAGCUUCUUGUGUUAUUACGUGAUGGGCGAAAGCUUUUGGGCAUUCUUCGUUCUUUUGACCAAUUUGCAAAUGUGGUUCUUGAAGGUGCUUGUGAUCGAGUAAUUGUAGGAGAUCUGUACUGUGAUAUUCCUCUAGGUCUCUAUGUGAUCCGUGGAGAGAAUGUGGUCUUAAUAGGAGAACUGGACUUGGAGAGGGAGGAGCUCCCAGCCCACAUGAUAUGUGUUUCAGCUGCGGAGAUAAGAAGGGCUCAAAGAGCUGAAAGGGAUGCCACAGAUCUCAAAGGCUCUAUGAGAAAGAGGAUGGAAUUUCUUGAUCUGGAUUAACAUCAUGCUCUGCAAUCCUCACUCAUUCAUUACCAUUUUUGGGGUGCUUCAAAGAUCUUGUCUGCAACUUUUAUUGCGGUUUAUUUCAAAAUGGCUACAUAAAUCCCCUUUGCGAUUGUUAGUUCUUCUGAUAAAAUUGAAAAUUAGGGUUUGUAUGAUUGCUUUUUGUUCUGGUAAUUAAUCGAAACUUGAUUGAAAGUUUCAUAUUUUCA